CUAAGCUUUUGUAAAGGGUCACGUUGCGCUGCAGCAGUGAAACAGGAGACCGUCCCGCAUCAUCCGCACAACGCUCACCUGCUUUCUGCGCGCUCAGACACCCAUCAGCAGAAACCCAACCACUCUGCUGAAAAUGUAUUGAUGAGGCACGCAGGUGCUACACAAAAGAUAACAGCCACCAUGACUCACCAGUAUCCCGCGCUGACUCCUGAGCAGAAGAAGGAGCUGCAGGACAUCGCUCAGAGGAUAGUAGCUCCAGGAAAAGGCAUCCUCGCAGCUGAUGAGUCCACCGGCAGCAUGGCGAAACGUUUGAACCCCAUCGGGGUCGAGAACACGGAGGAGAACAGGCGUCGCUACCGCCAGCUGCUCUUCACAGCCGACCAGCGCAUCGACAGCUGCAUCGGCGGGGUCAUCUUCUUCCACGAAACCCUCUACCAGAACACAGACGACGGCACUCCCUUCGCCAAGCUCAUCAAAGACCGCGGCAUUGUUGUUGGCAUCAAGGUGGACAAAGGUGUUGUGCCCCUCGCUGGAACAAAUGGAGAGACCACCACUCAGGGUCUGGACGGGCUGUCUGAGCGCUGUGCACAGUACAAGAAGGACGGUGCAGACUUUGCCAAGUGGCGCUGUGUGCUGAAGAUCAGCGACACCACGCCGUCCGAGCUGGCCAUCUUUGAGAAUGCUAAUGUACUGGCACGAUAUGCUAGCAUCUGCCAGCAGAAUGGUAUUGUUCCUAUUGUGGAACCUGAGAUCCUUCCUGAUGGAGACCAUGACCUGAAACGUUGCCAGUAUGUCACCGAGAAGGUCCUAGCUGCAGUGUACAAGGCUCUGUCAGACCACCAUGUGUACCUGGAGGGGACACUGCUGAAACCCAACAUGGUCACAGCCGGACACUCCUGCCCCACCAAGUACAGCAGCGAGGAGAUUGCCAUGGCUACUGUCACCGCUCUGCGUCGCACUGUGCCUCCUGCUGUCCCAGGAGUGACCUUCUUGUCAGGCGGCCAGUCUGAAGAGGAGGCCAGCGUGAACCUUAAUGCCAUGAACAACUGCCCGCUCCCCAGGCCCUGGGCCCUGACUUUCUCCUACGGCCGCGCCCUGCAGGCCUCUGCCCUGAACGCAUGGAGAGGAGAGCUUAGCAACGAGAAGGCCGCGACCGAGGAGUUCAUCAAGCGCGCUGAGGCAAACGGCCUGGCUGCGCUCGGCAAGUACGAGUCCUCUGGAAGCGGCGGUGCCGCAGCAAAAUCCCUCUACGUGGCUAAUCACGCCUACUAAACAUCAAACUACCACAUACUACUGUGGCCUAGUUAUAGUCUUAUAUCUGCUCUGCUAUUCCCCCUCACACCUCCAUCGAUCACAGGCCUGCGCUGUCUACUGUACUUUAGAGUUGUCAGAGUUAUUAAAUUACGUUAUUAGAUAUGUGUAUUUAAAAACAUAACCUGAAACGUGAAUACUAAAGGGAACAGGCUUGUUUUUUUUUUUCUUUAUCUAUUUGAUCAAUCAAACAGUUUUGAGACAAUUUAUGACUGAAGUGGACAGCUGUUUUAUUUAAUGUAUAGCUGUCUGUCUGUAACACUUUUUGGGCUCAGAGAUAGGAAGUUAGAGGCUGCAAAAUGUACAGUAAGUCAAGAUAAUCAGUCAGUAUUCAGUUCAUGCCUCUUCCUAGCUGCACCUGUCUCCACACGCGGUGCUUUCUGCCUUUAUCCCCCCUCAUAAUAAAUCUUGAGACAAACCCAAGCAGGCCAGAUCAGCUUGUGUGUAUCUGUGUUUCGCUUCUAUCAGAACAAACAACGCGACACUAACAUCCUCACUGACAGUGGGACCAACCGAUUUAUUCGUGGCAUCAGUACAAUCCGGUACGGGACAAGACGAAAAGACAAACAGUCUGAAGACUUUUCAGAUUGAGUUGACUUUUAUUUUUUGAGCAACGUCUUAAAGUGUGGGGUGCUCGUUGUACUUUCAGACAGCUGUAGCUCCAGCAGAGGUCAGUAGGCACACUGUAACAAACCGUUAACACACUAGGAUUCAUCCUAACAUUUCUGUUCUCACGCUUCUAAUCACCACUAAUCAGAGGAACAUCUUGUGUGUCUAUUCUAAGUAUAACAUUAGCUUUAAAUUACAUACAGUAAUUAAUGUAUUCAGUUGUGUGAAGGUGUCGAUAUUAUGUGAUGCUUGUGUGUCAUCCCCCUUCUCCUGAUUCCCCCCGGCCCGCCCCACGGGAAGACGAGAUGGUUUCUGUCGACGCACCCAUAAAGUGGACCUAUUUGUGGGGUUAGCAGUGGGGAAGCAGUCACUGCUGUGUUGGAAUACUGUGAUGUUUGUGAUGUUAAUAUUGUUCCUGAAGCACUUGGUGUGUCAAAUAGUGGAGAAAAAUAAACUAAAAUAAACAUUAAAAACUA